CGAGAGCCUAAUGUAAUUUGGGACAAAAGUCCCUGUGUUUUUUCUUUCUUACUCAGAGAUCCAGGAAAAGAGAUAUUCAGCGGUGUGGAGGCAUACCAUAUCGUCAGCUUUCAGAAAUAACAUUGUAUCGCCCAUUUCUUAGCUCCAGGAUCUUAUGAACCUUUUUGUUUUAUUCCUGGUACCAAAGAGAACCUGUUUUGGGUCUUAGGGUGCACACUAAAUCAGGUUAAGUGCUUAACCAAGGUUCAGCUGGAAACUACAGGAAAAACACAGCUUCAGUAAAGAGCCCACCCUGGAAUUCUUAAUAAGGAGUAAGAAGAGAUGCAAGAAUUAAAAAGCAUCUGACAGCAUUUGGGAGCAUACCUACAUUAUCAGUCCUUCCCUUUGACUUUGAGAAUUAUUGUAAUAUCUCUGUGGCAAUUGUAUUUCAAUAUAUUGGCCGGAACCAGAUAUUAACAGAAUAAAAGCAGAACAAUGAACUGUUACGCUUGGCUACCUAUUCUAAUUGCUUUCUCUGUGCUGAGGCAUUGCUUCCCAAAAGAAACUAAUUCAAGAAAACAUCUGCAAAUCAAAAAGCUCUCACAACAAGAACAGCAUGUACCUCAUCGCCGUAUCAGACGUGGAUGGAAAUGGAACCAAUUAUUUGUUCCUGAAGAGGACCCAGGACCACUUUGUGUUGGCCAGCUCAAAUCUGAUGAUGACAAAGGGAACUUUUCCAUAAAGUAUAUACUAUUAGGAGAGGGCGCAGGAGAAGUUUUUAGAAUUGAUGAAGACACAGGCUUUAUCUAUACUAUGAAGAAACUGGAUCGAGAAGAGAAAGCAUUCUACACAAUGCGUGCCCAGGCCAUAAAUAGGUUGACCAUGGAGCCAGUGGAACCAGAAUCUGAAUUCAUUAUUAAAGUUCAGGAUAUCAAUGACAAUAAACCGCAAUUCCAAAAUGGACCCUAUGUUGCCAGUAUCCCCGAAAUGUGUGAAGUUGAAACUUCCGUCAUACAAGUGACAGCCACAGAUGCUGAUGAUCCCACCCAUGGGAACAGUGCAAGAUUAAUCUAUAGCAUUCUACAGGGACAACCAUACUUCUCUAUUGAACCAAAGACAGGUAUUAUUUUUACUUCCUUACCUGAUAUGGACAGAGAGGCAAAAGAGCAGCAUUUGGUGAUCAUACAGGUCAAAGAUAUGGUAGGACAGCAGGGAGGGUUCUCUGCAACAACAACUGUGACUGUCAACUUGGCUGAUAUCAAUGACAAUGGUCCACAAUUCCAACAGAAGCUAUACCACUUUUCAGUGCCCGAGUCUGCAACGAUUGGUACAAUGAUUGGUCGGAUCAUGGCUGAUGACAGUGAUAUAGGAGAGAACGCAGAAAUGAAUUACACCAUUGAGGAAAUAGACAGUUCAGAUGUGUUUGACAUUAUGACUGACUCUGACACUCAGGAAGGGAUACUUAUACUAAAUAAGCACUUGGAUUAUGAGAGUAAAAGACGGUUCAGCAUUAGAGCAGUCGCCAUCAACAAACACAUUGAUCCUCAGAUUGUCAAUCUUAACCAAUUCAAAGACUUGACUGAUAUAAAGAUCACUGUAGAAGAUGUUGAUGAGCCUCCAGUUUUCAGUGCUCUUGAGUAUAUGCUGGAGAUACUUGAAAACUCAAUCACCGGAACAUUUGUUGGUGCAGUCACAGCAAGAGACCAAGAUGUAGCAAAUAAUCCCAUUAGGUAUCAUAUUGAUCAAAACACUGAUUUAAAAAGAAUGUUUAAAAUAGCUGCGCACAAUGGAACAAUCACGCUUGCAAAACCUCUGGAUCGAGAGACAGCAUCCUGGCACAAUUUAACUGUUUCAGCAUCUGAAGAAAAAAAGAAUGGUUUUAUAUCCAGAGUACCAGUAUUUAUACGUGUUAUAGACAUUAAUGACAAUGCACCAGAAUUUUCAAAACGCUACACACCUUAUGUAUGUGAAACUGCAAAACCAGGAGAGCUAAUUCAAACAAUCAGUGCAACAGAUAAAGAUGAUCCAGUGGAAGGUCAUCACUUCUAUUUUACACUGGCAACUAAAACCAGCGUGAACACUAAUUUCACUGUAAGAGAUAACCAAGAUAACACUGCUGGAGUUCUCACAAGAAAAAAUGCGUUUAGCAGGCAGGAACAGGUUUAUUUUCACCUACCUAUUGUCAUUACGGAUGAUGGAGAACCAGCGCUCAGCAGUACCAAUACCCUUACCAUCAGAGUGUGCGACUGCUAUCCGGAUGGAAGCUGUAGCUCUGGUGGGGUUGAUGCCUUCGCUCUUUAUGUUGGUAUCAGCCCCGGUGCCCUGAUUGCCAUCUUGUCUUGUUUCCUAAUAAUACUAGUCCUUGUAUUACUUAUACUGGCAGUAAGGCGCUAUAAGAAGGAGAAGGUGAAUUCUGAGAAAUGGGAAGAAGUCACAGAGAAUGUUGUGAGGUAUGAGGAUGAAGGUGGGGAACAGGACACUGAGGCAUUUGACGUAGUAACUUUAAGAUCUCACACUAAAAGGAAAGAACCAACACCAAGGAAUGAUAUGACUGCACGUAUCCGAAUGUCAUUAAGACAGUCUCUUAGAAUUGGACCCGAUGAUGAUGUUUUCAGGGAGUUUAUUUUGGAAAGACUGCAUGAGGCUGAUACAGAUCCUUGUGCUCCACCAUAUAACUCCUUACAGACCUAUGCAUUUGAGGGAGAUGGAUCAGUGGCUGGGUCUCUCAGUUCCCUGGAAUCAGGCAGCACAGAUACAGAUGAAAACUAUGAAUACCUGAGUAACUGGGGACCACGUUUCCAAAGACUGGCAUCCAUUUAUGAAAAUGAUGUUAAAGACAGAGAUUUUUAGGCUGUAAAGUUACGAAGAUGUGAACUUAAACAAAACCAGCAAAGCUGUAUAUUAGUAAUGUAGUUAUAUCAAGCCUAAAACACCAACUCAGAUGUUGCUGGCAUGCCUUCCUCAGGAAAUUCAUAUAUAAACACUAACCUUCAUUAGCUCUUUAGACCAGUGUUCCCUGGAUUUAGUGAAUCAGCUAUGUCAUUAAUGUAUCUGUUUUUUAUAAGCUAUUUCAAUUACUAAGAUCAAAUAUUUAACUUAAUGGUUUUGUUGCUGCAGCACUCACUUGC